UUUCUCCCUCUUUAUUUGGAUUUUAUAUUUCACAUGGACCCUUAUCUGGGCAUCUUCUUCCUCACUCCCUUCUUCCAAUCCUGCUGUGCCUGGUCAGUGAAUAAUUUCCUGAUGACGGGCCCCAAGGCCUAUCUCAUCUACUCCAGCAGCGUGGCGGCCGGGGCACAGAGCGGCAUCGAGGAGUGCAAGUUCCAGUUCGCCUGGGACCGCUGGAACUGCCCCGAGAGGGCACUGCAGCUCUCCAGCCACGGCGGGCUGCGCAGCGCAAACCGGGAAACCGCUUUUGUCCAUGCCAUCAGCUCUGCGGGCGUCAUGUACACGCUGACCCGGAACUGCAGCCUGGGGGAUUUUGACAACUGUGGCUGUGACGACUCCCGCAACGGACAGCUGGGGGGGCAAGGCUGGCUCUGGGGAGGCUGCAGCGAUAACGUGGGCUUUGGGGAAGCCAUUUCCAAGCAGUUUGUGGAUGCCCUGGAGACUGGACAAGAUGCCAGAGCUGCUAUGAACCUGCAUAACAACGAGGCAGGUAGAAAGGCUGUGAAAGGGACCAUGAAGCGGACUUGCAAAUGCCACGGUGUGUCGGGGAGCUGCACCACCCAGACCUGCUGGCUGCAGCUGCCCGAGUUUCGGGAGGUGGGCACUUACCUCAAGGAGAGGUACCACAAAGCCCUGAAGGUGGACUUGCUGCAGGGGGCAGGGAACAGUGCUGCCAGCCGGGGCGCCAUCGCCGAGACCUUCAGCUCCAUCUCCAAGAAGGAGCUGGUCCAUUUAGAAGACUCUCCUGACUACUGCCUGGAGAACAAGACGCUGGGGCUGCUGGGCACGGAGGGCAGGGAGUGCCUGAAGAGGGGCAAGGCGCUCAGCAAGUGGGAGAAGCGGAGCUGCCGGCGGCUGUGCCGGGGCUGCGGGCUGGGGGGGGGGGGGGCGUCCAGCUGCAACUGCAAGUUCCACUGGUGCUGUGCCGUGCGGUGCGAGCAGUGCCGUAAAAGGGUCACUAAGUAUUUCUGCGUCCGCAAGGAGAAGCGGGAGCGGAGUGGGGGUGGCGGGGCCAGCCGCAAGCUCAAGAGAAAGCUCUAA